AUGCCGGUGGUGGGCAAGGAGAAGGUAACAUGGAUGAAGUUGACGACGAAACCUCUUGACAAGGAGGAGAACUUCAAGAAAGUCAAGAGGGCUCUUUGUAGCUUGUCUCAGAUACAAGACCAAGUGUUCGACGACAAGUCAAAAGAAACAGUCACGAUCAAAGUGGUUUGUUGCAGUCCCGAAAAAGUUGCGGAAAAACUCUGCAACAAAGGAGGUGGUUCUAUCAAGACCAUCGAGUGGGGUAUCGAAAACCCUAUGGCACCAAAGCCUAAGGCACCUGAAAAGCCUAAAGACGGUGACAAACCUAAAGACGGUGACAAACCUAAAGACGGUGACAAACCUAAAGACGGUGACAAGCCUAAAGACGGUGACAAGCCUAAAGACGGUAACAAACCUAAAGAAGGUGACAAGCCUAAAGAAGCAGAGAAGCCAAAACCAGCUCCAGCAGCUUCGAGUUCUCAAACAAUGAUUUAUAAUCCAGAGCCGGGCCACCCGAUGUAUGGUGGGUCCUACAACGGCUAUAACCAACAAUGGGGUAUGAAUAAUGGAUACCCUUCAGGACCCACUCCUGAUAGCUAUGGAUGGGUGCCGCAGGGGAGUCAGUCGAUGUAUAAUGGGUACCCUUCAAGAUCCGUUCCUGAUAGCUAUGGAGGUGGAGGUUAUGGAGGUGGAGGUUGGUCCGGAGAUGAGAGUAGCUGCCGUCUUAUGUGA